CAUCCUUCCCCAACUCAAAUCAAACAAUACAAAACGCGCAACGUAGGAGGCAAAUCGUCGGUGUCAUUCUGAUCACCUCUCACCUCUGCCUCCACUUCUCAUUCUGCCUUUUGAGAAAACUUUCGAUGACCGGAAGAUUCAGAUUUUCAACGAAACUUUAGAAAGAAAUAAGUUACAAAAAAGACAAACCUUUGAAACUCUUCAUCAUUGAAGUCGUAGUGAGGUCUGGUCUAUGGAAUCUUCCGUUUGUCCCUUUUGUCACCUUAGCGUUCCCUCCUCAGAACUCCAAUGGCACGCCAACAGUCACUUCGAGGAUGAGGAUAAGGAAGCUAAUGACAUGGAAUUGGGUAAUCAAAUUCAAAUUGCCUCUUCUUCAGGCUCCACUGACGUUGUUAGCAUUUCUUCUUUGAUUGGUUUACAAACAAGGAGCAAUUUUUACCACGUCAAGGAUGGUUUGAUUUCCUUGCUGAGAAAUUGUCUAGAACUAGAAGCUCGACACAACUCAUCUGUAACCAUAUUGUCUGGCUACGUGGAUCACUUCCAAAGUCUUCCGUCCGUCGAUGUUGGUUGGGGUUGUGGAUGGCGUAACAUUCAAAUGCUAAGCUCUCAUUUGCUUGCUCACAGGAAGGAAGCUAGAAAAGUCCUGUUUGGUGAGUCAGGUUUUGUUCCUGAUAUCGCUUUCCUCCAGCGUUGGCUUGAGAUUGCUUGGGAAAGUGGAUUUGAUCCACCUGGUGCCCAACAUUUUAACUGCAAAAUAUAUGGUACCAAUCACAGGAUUGGGACUACUGAAUGUGCUUCUCUUUUUCGUUCAUUUGGUCUUCGUGCUAGGGUGGUUGAUUUUGGUCCUAAGGAAUCUGAACUGCUCUAUCUUUCUGUUCCUGGUUCUACUCUUGGACAACCAGUUAAGCAAAGGAAUGCAGUUCGAGUUUCUGGACCUAUGGAUAAAUAUGUUCAUCGCCAGCAGGGUUUGAAUAAGGGAAGGCAUUUUUGUCACUCUUUGCAUAAUGGGAAGAGUGAUAAUUCUAAAGGGAAAAGUGAAGGACCUCAGGUUCUGAUUGAUUGGGUGUGGAAUUACUUUUCAGAUAAAGGGUUAACCAUUUCUGGCUCCAGUCAAGUUGUAGUGAGUGAUAGAGCGCCUUUAUACUUCCAACACGAUGGACAUUCAAGAACAAUCAUUGGGAUUCAGGUUAAACAUCAAAAGAAUGGGACAAAUCAGUUCAAUCUCUUGAUUUUGGACCCUUCUGAUUGCAGGGAACAGUUGCUUUGGAAAGGUCCCUUAAAACAACUGUGGGAUGGCAGAAGCUUAUAAAAAGAGGAGUCCACACCUUGAAGAAGCCACAAUACCAGUUGUGCUAUAUUGAUCCUGGAAUUGCUAGCGGGGAGGAGCUCAAUGAACUCAAAACAAUUAAUAGCAUCUUCUUUGAAUUGUAGAGAAAUAUAAUCAAAGGAAAACCUUUUAAGUUGUUGUUGUUUUUCCAUGAGCUGCUUUACAUAAAAAAAAAUUGAAAAUUAACGUAUACGUGCUUUUGUAUGCUUUGAUGUUUGUUGGCAUCUCAAAUUGUCAUAAUCUUGUAUAAGCAUUCCCCAGUGCUGCUAGUGAUAUUAGAGUUGGAUGUCACUAAAUCCCCAGUGUGGACCUCUAUUAUGAUCCCCUGUCUGGACGGCAAGCAUUGCUGGUCAAACUAUCAAAU